CUUGCUGAGAGUACAGUUAGGGCUGCAUCUCCUCUUGCAGUUGCUCCACGUCGGCCGCUCCACUCGGCCUCGUGUCCCGCGCCCCGGCCUCCGCCGCUGCCCGCGGCCCGGUCCCCAUCCCCGCGCAGCCCCGGCCUUCCCGCCGGUCGUCCCCGUCGCAGCCAUGUCCAAGGAGCCGCGGGCUGGGCGGGAGGAGAUCCUGGAGUGCCAGGUGAUGUGGGAGCCUGACAGCAAGAAGAACACGCAGAUGGACCGCUUCCGGGCGGUCGUGGGCGCCGCCUACGGCCUGGCGCUGGAAAAUUACGAUGACUUAUAUCAUUGGUCAGUUGAGUCAUAUUCGGACUUCUGGGCAGAGUUCUGGAAAUUCAGUGGAAUUGUCUUCUCACACACAUAUGAUGAGGUCGUGGACACGUCCAAAGGGAUUGCGGACGUCCCUGAGUGGUUCAAAGGCAGUCGCCUCAACUAUGCGGAAAACCUCCUGCAACACGGGGAAAAUGACGGAGUGGCCCUUUACGUGGCACGGGAAGGCAGGGAGGAGAUCAAGAAGGUGAGUUUUGAAGAGCUGCGGCGACAGGUGGCUUUGUACGCCGCGGCGAUGAGGAAGAUGGGCGUGAGGAGAGGAGACCGGGUCAUCGGUUAUUUACCCAACAGUGGGCACGCCGUGGAGGCCAUGCUGGCGGCCACGAGCAUUGGCGCCAUCUGGAGCUCCACGUCCCCAGACUUCGGCGUGAACGGCGUUCUGGACCGGUUUUCUCAGAUUCAGCCAAAGCUCAUCUUCUCCGUGGAGGCCGUCGUGUACAAUGGCAAAGAGCACGACCACAUAGACAAGCUGCAGCAGGUCGUUAAAGGACUCGCAGACCUGAAAAAAGUGGUGGUGAUUCCUUACGUUUCCUCCAGAGAGAAGAUAGACAUUUCCAAGAUUCCAAAUAGCGUGUUCCUGGAGGACUUCCUGGCCACCGGGCAAGGUGCGCAAGCCCCCCAGCUGGAGUUCGAGCAGCUGCCCUUCAGCCAUCCGCUCUUCAUCAUGUUUUCGUCGGGCACGACCGGAGCGCCCAAGUGCAUGGUGCACUCGGCCGGGGGAACCCUCAUCCAGCACCUGAAGGAACACAUUCUUCACGGCAACAUGACCAGCAGUGACAUCAUCCUGUAUUACACCACGGUCGGCUGGAUGAUGUGGAACUGGAUGGUGUCUGCUCUCGCCACGGGGGCGGCCGUGGUCCUUUACGACGGCUCCCCGCUGGUGCCCACCCCCAAUGUGCUCUGGGACCUGGUCGACAGGAUCGGCAUCACCAUCCUUGGAACGGGUGCGAAGUGGCUGUCAGUGCUGGAAGAGAAAGACGUGAAGCCAGUGGAAACUCACAGCCUCCAGACGCUGCACACGAUCCUGUCCACCGGCUCCCCGCUGAAAGCCCAGAGCUACGACUACGUCUACAGGUGCAUCAAGAGCAGCGUCCUCCUGGGCUCCAUCUCAGGUGGCACCGACAUCAUGUCUUGCUUCGUGGGCCAGAAUCCUUCCAUUCCUGUGUACAGAGGGGAGAUUCAGGCCCGGAACCUGGGCAUGGCCGUGGAGGUGUGGAACGAGGAAGGCAAGGCAGUCUGGGGGGAGAGCGGUGAGCUGGUGUGUACCAAGCCGCUCCCCUGCCAGCCCACGCACUUUUGGAACGAUGAGAACGGCAGCAAGUACUGGAAGGCGUAUUUCUCCAAAUUCCCAGGUGUCUGGGUGCACGGCGACUACUGCAGAAUCAACCCCAAGACCAGGGGCAUCAUCAUGCUGGGCCGAAGCGACGGCACACUCAACCCCAACGGAGUGCGAUUCGGCAGCUCGGAAAUCUAUAACAUCGUACACCCUCAACGGCAAGAAAGUGGAAAUGGCCGUGAAGCAGAUCAUCGCUGGGAAAACCGUGGAGCACCGCAGAGCCUUCUCGAACCCCGAGACCCUGGAUUUGUACCGGGACGUCCCCGAGCUGCAGGACUUCUGAGCCGGGCCGGCACGUCCCUGAGCCACACACGUCUGUCCUGUCACUUCUGUGCGUUCAAGGAGUUACUUAGAGGGACUUCCCUGGUGGCGCAGUGGUUGAGAAUCCGCCUGCCAAUGCAGGGGACACGGGUUCGAGCCCUGGUCUGGGAGGAUCCCACAUGCCGCGGAGCAACGAAGCCCGUGCGCCACAACUGCUGAGCCUGCGCUCUAGAGCCCGUGCUCUGCGACGAGAGAAGCCACCGCAAGGAGAAGCCCGCUCGCUGCAACUAGAGAAAAGCCCGGGUGCAGCAACGAAGACCCAACGCAGCCAAAAAUAAAUAAAUGAGUGAAUAAAAUAAAUAAAUUUAUAAAAAAAAGAAAAGAAAAGAAAAGACUUAGAAACCUACGGCUCUUCGCAAAGGAGUUUGCACCAAGUCCGUAGGCCUGGGGAAGAACGAUUCUCUGUUCUGCGGUUUCACCUGGUGGGUCCCUGACUCUUCCACCCGCCACAGGGGGAUCCUGACCUUCAGGGGCCGAAAGGGAGGGUUUGGGUUGUGUGUGUGGCAGUCUGGAGAGUGUGUGUCUUUGCACACUCGCAGGGAGGAGCUGGGGUCUCCUGUGCGUGCACCGGCAUGGCCGACACCUGGUCCCCAUCCAGGGCCCGCAGGCAUCCUGGUGACGGCUCACCCCAGGGCAGUGGCCGGCCUGCAGCCUUGUACUGUGGCUCUGUUUCCCUCUCUUAAGGCCCAGAUCUCUUUCUUCCCUCUGUGUUGGUCUCCCGGCUCUGGCCGCCACCCUUCAGGGCCCAUCUGUCUGCUGUGGCACGUUACCUGUCACAGGGCCCGUCCCAGGGGGACUUUACAGCAUCUCACGGCAGAUUCUCAGGACCCCGGGCCGACCGCUCUCCCGCUCUCUGUGUGUCACGGACGGAAUCUGGGCAGCUCCUGGGGGAACCGUGUGUCACACCCAGCCACCGGUGCUCCCCAGCAGAUAGACUUCCAGUUCCCUUUGGAGAAUGAGUGGGUUUCACGUUUUAAUAGGAUCUCUUAAUUUCACGGGCUUUGAGUGGUUUGAAAUUUUUUUAAUGUUAAUUAAGUGUGUGGUGUGUGGGUGUUUGAAGGCGUGGGUGAUGUCCACGCCGUGGGGAGUAUCACUCAGGGAUGCGGACGAGCCCCCAGGCCACGGGUCCUGCUGAGGCAGAGCCGCUGGGCCACAGGGGGCGUGGCCUCGCUGCACAGGGGGCCGGGACCUGCACAUCAAAAGCUUGUCGCCAGCAGCUGUGUGUACUUUUGAAUGUACUGUUCAGUUCAGCCUCUUAACACACUUCUGUCAUCGUAAUGUUCAUUUUUGUAUUUUUUAAAACCGAGUACAGUGAAAAACUUUCUUGAACCCUUUUUCUCGUGGAUUAUAGAAACGGGGCAGCACUGAGUUUACUGGAGUUAAUUUAUGACCACAUUUUAAAUGCAGAGUAAAGUCCGGAAAAGUGAUUCUAUCUUGGGAUAGUAAAGAGGUUUCCCCUCAGGUGGCAGCUCUGAUAAACGGGUGAUAGGCAGAGUGUCCCAUUCAGAAGGACUCUGAAACCAAAUCUCAGCUGAAAAAAAGUGCAUCAGGAUUGGCCAGCAAUGUCUGUCAUGGCUAAACGAUGGAUUGUUUCUUGUCAAGUGUGAAUGUCAAGUAUAAACUGGGUAUUGUAAGAGAUUGAAUAGGUCUCUGCCAACUUAAAGGCAGACACACACACAAUGUUUAAUAAACGAUUUUGAACUUCAUAAAAAAACGG